AUGAUUGGUGAUGGAAAACAUUUAUUUCAUCAUUUAGCUGAAUGUUUACAUGAAUUUAUGGAAAACGAACAUUUAUUAAAUACCGAAAUAUGUUAUCCAUUAGGUUUUACAUUUUCAUUUCCUUGUCAACAAGAAGGUCUUGCAUUAGCACGAUUAACAACAUGGACAAAAGGUUUUAAUUGUUCAGGUGUUGUCAAUGAAGAUGUUGUGAAACUUCUACAAGAUGCUAUUAACGAAAAGCAUAUAAAUGCAAAAUGUGUAGCUCUAGUAAAUGAUACAGUUGGAACAUUAAUGUCUUGCGCAUAUAGAGAUCCAUCAACAGCCAUUGGUCUCAUAUUAGGAACUGGAACCAAUGCAUGUUAUAUUGAGAGUUUAGACAAAGUUGGUACAUGGAAUGGUAAUUAUGAUGAUCCAAAACAAGUUAUUAUUAAUACGGAAUGGGGUGCAUUUGGUGAUAAUGGUCGUUUAAAUUUUAUCCGAACGAAGUAUGAUGAAGCAGUUGAUCUUUCAUCAAUUAAUCCCAGAAAACAAAUUUUUGAAAAAAUGAUUUCGGGAAUGUAUUUGGGUGAAAUCGUUCGUUUAAUAAUACUUGAUUUAAUUCAACAAGACUUGCUUUUUCUUGGUCAUCGUGAUACAUAUAGGAAUUAUACGGCACCACUUUAUAAUCACGGAGGUUUUUCUACAAAGUUUGUUUCAACAGUUGAAGCUGAUGAAGGUAUUCAAUUUUCAAAUACACAUCUAGUACUUGAAAAUAUUGGUAUACAAAAUGCUACAUAUGAUGAUUGUGCUAUUGUUCAAUAUGUAUGCCGACAAGUUUCAAAACGAGCUGCUAGAUUGGCUGCUGCUGGUUUGGCUGUAUUAGUUAAUCGAAUUGGAAAGCCUCAUGUUACCAUUGGUGUGGAUGGAUCACUUUAUCGACAUCAUCCACGUUUUAAACAUACUAUGGAAAGAUGUAUGGAAACAUUGGUUGAUAAAAAUUUUCAAUUCAAGCUAACUUUAUCUGAUGAUGGUAGUGGUAAAGGCGCUGCUAUGGUUGCUUGUGUCGCUGAUACUUCUCUAUGCAAAGAAACUCGUGUGCAUGAUGAAGAAAUAUUUAGUUAA